AUGUCGGUGAAAUUCCUCAUCGCUCACUUCGAGGAUCUCGUCGUCGCGGGUGGAGCGGCUGCAGUGGUCGCAGGUGGAGCGGCCGCAUAUGAACCCGCCGUCGCGCCAUCGAUCCCUCCUCUGCUGGUCACUCUCUCUGACUCCAACGCCAACAGAAUAAUAUUCUCGGCCGCUUCCGAACACGAAUUCAUCCAACUCGCCGACCAAUGGAUCGCCUGCCAACUCGCUGAGUCCGUUGAGUCGGAAGCCCUCGCUCUGUUCGAGCUUACAGUGGUUCGGUCAUUAGACAAGGAUCUCGUGCAAGGGAAGAUUGUGUACUGCGAUGAUGCUACCGCUUCCGGGUUGGGACAGAUAGACGCCGGCGCCGUUGGCUCUAUAAUGAAAUCUUCUUCACCUUAUGGAGAAUUGGAAUCUCCUUUUCCUCUACCCGUUUCUCUCAUGGGUGCCGCUACCGGAGAUAAAGUUUUGGAAUACAUAAAUUCCACCAAGAACCCAACUGCAGUCAUAUCGAAGACCACCGAUUCCACCGAUUCUAAUUCAUCAUCCCCUCAUCCGGACUUGACAGCACCAGGAUUGAACAUCUUGGCAGCUUGGACUCAAGCAAACCCUCUGACGGAUCAAACCGGAGACACCAGAAUCGUCCCGUACAACAUCAUCUCCGGAACAUCCAUGUCCUGUCCCCACGUGUCGGGAGCCGCAGCUUACGUUAAAACAUUCCACCCUAAUUGGUCUCCUGCCGCCAUCAAGUCUGCCCUAAUGACAACAGCUCGUCCGUUGACCGUCAAAGACAACGCCGACGCCGAGUUCGCAUACGGGUCGGGCCAGAUCUACCCAUCAAGAGCCGUGGACCCCGGGCUGGUAUACGACGCCGGGGAGAGUGACUACGUGAAGUUGCUCUGCGGCCAAGGAUACACCACCAAACAGCUCCGGCUCGUGACGGGAGACGACAGUGUUUGUUCGACCACGACGAAUGGAACAGUGUGGGAUCUUAACUAUCCUUCUUUCGCUCUGUCGUCGUCAACGCCUGCGAACAGUGUAACCCGAGUGUUUCGUAGGACCGUCACGAAUGUUGGGAAGGCGGUGUCUAGCUACAAGGCGACGGUAAAUGGGCCGUCGGGGCCGUCGGGGCUAAAGGUUGAAGUUGUGCCGGACGUGCUCAACUUCAAGAGUGUUGGGGAGAAACAGGAGUUUGUUGUGACGGUGACGGCUGCAUUGGGGAUCGUUACGCUCUCUGGUUCGCUGGUUUGGAGUGAUGGCAGUCACGUGGUUAGAAGCCCUAUUGUGGCGUUCGUCGCGUGA